UUCUAAAUACGAUUAUUUCUGUAGAUCAAUAACAUGAAUAGUACUGUUUAUUCAACUGCCUGUAAAUCAUGAAAUCAUAACAAUAUUCAAGCUAUUAAUAACACACAAAGCCUUGGAGAGAAAUUUAUCAAGAGAUUACUUAAUAUGUGUUUAAUUAACUAAGCUAAUGAGUCGUUGAGAAAGUGACUAAAUCUGUUGAGUUUUCAAUUGCUUUGCUUUUUUUCUCCCCAAAAUAAUAUUCCUUGAAUUUUCAAUAUGAUGUACAUUACUUUAAUUCCCUUUUAUCUUAUUUUUUACAUCCUAUUCUUCAAGAUAAUUUAGUGUGUCACUCUCAAAACGCCGCGUUGACUCACUUGUAAAUAUAUAUUUCUUCCUAAUCAAAAGCAUAGAAAUGGAAAGGCCAGAAACACAUUUUCUAUAAAUAUUCCUAAAUGUUGCGAAAAUGGCUCAGUCAUAAUGUUGGUUCAUUUUCUAAUGUGGAAAAAAGGCACGAAGACGAAAUGUUGUAUUCCUGGCAAUAGAGAAUCUUAUCUCAGUCAGAAUCUAUCUUAAUAACAAUUGGGAAAGUACUUUAGCAAUUGACAGAAAGCGAUUGCAAUUGAUGUUGAUAAGUGUCUAUUUAGUCACUCUCGGGCCAUGGAAGAGGUGAAAGAAGCACUUUCCAGACUACCUGUAGGUUUUGCGGUGGAGUUAAAGUAGUACUUGGCGACGCUUUCAGGAUGGCGAGCGAUCGGUGGAUUUUGUGCUGUCGUACGUCGGAGACGAUCCGAAUCCCGGCAAUGCGGAGAAGCGAGAGGCCUUUGAGACGAAUCUCAUGAAUGAGGGUCUGGAAUUGGAGGUGGAGCAGAACCAAAGGAUACACUUUGUGAAGAUUCACGCGCCUCGCGAAGUGCUGUGUCGUUUCUGUGAGAUUCUUAAGAUGAGAAUGCCGAUUAAGAAGAUUGAGGGCAGUGAAGAUAUCAUUCAAGAGGAGUUUCACUUGCUGGAUGAAAUGAAGUCCUUCUUCGGGAAGCCUUUUGAGUUCGUGAAGCUCGAUCCGACACUCUUUCCAGAGAGGAAUAAUGAAUUGCGCGCCGAGUUCUCAAGGGAGAAGAGCUAUCUCUUUGACACAGAGCGACCAGACUUCUUCUCGCCAGAUGUGAGAAUAGCUGUGGUGAAUUUCAUUCUGGAGAGACAGAGAUUUGGGACUGACAAGGAGGCGAAUGUGGGCAUUGAGAAGCUCCUCAGUGAUGGAGUUUACACGAAUGCUUAUCCACUUCACGAUGGAGACCUCAAGACGCCGGACAGUCAGCGACAUUUGCUGCUGAACGAGUGGGCCUCUGUGAAGCACUGGAUCAAGCAUCAGCCUCUGGAUCACAUUCGGGACUAUUUUGGGGCUCGCAUUGCUCUCUACUUCGCCUGGUUGGGCUUCUACACGCACAUGCUGAUCCCAGCAGCAAUCGUGGGCUUGCUGUGUUUCCUGUACGGCCUCGUGACGCUCUUCUCCAACCAGAUCAGCGAGGAUAUCUGCCGCGCCGGCAAGAGCAUCAUCAUGUGCCCACAAUGCGAUGCCAAGUGUGACUACUGGUACCUCUCGGAGACCUGUGUUUACUCACGGGUCGCCCACCUAAUUGACAAUAACGUCACCGUUUUCUUCGCCUGCUUCAUGUCCAUCUGGGCUGUCGUCUAUCUGGAGCUGUGGAAGAGACACUCAGCCAAGAUCAUCCACCGAUGGGGCCUCACGGGAUUCUGCCACCAAGCGGAGCACGCAAGGCCGCAAUAUCUGGCCAGAUUGCAGAGUGCGAAGAAGAAGAAAUUCAACGUGGUGACACAGACAUUGGAGCCGUCGGUGCCGUUCUGGAAGAAGAAGUUCCCCAUGUACUUUGUCAGCUUCUCCGUGAUUUUCCUGUUUAUAUUUUUGGCCGUCGCAGCGGUGUUUGGCGUGAUCAUAUACCGGAUGUCGACGACAACGACGCGAAAUCUGUACGGGAACACAGAUUCGAUGUCAUACAAGAUCAUGGUGACGCCCGUGACGGCGGCCCUGCUGAACUUGGUGGUGAUCACAAUCAUGAACUAUAUUUACGACUAUCUGGCGGUCUUCCUCACUGAUCUGGAAUACAGGCGCACGCAGACGGAGUACGACGAGAGUCUCACGCUGAAGAUUUACAUGUUCCAGUUCGUCAACUACUACUCCUCCAUCUUCUACAUUGCCUUCCUCAAGGGGAAGUUUGUGGGCUAUCCGGCGAAGUACAACAGGAUUUUCAAGCUGCGACAGGAGGAAUGUAGUCCGGGUGGUUGUCUAAUGGAGCUGUGCAUCCAAUUGGUGAUCAUCAUGGUGGGAAAGCAGGCGCUGAAUGCCGUGAUGGAGAUGGCUGUGCCCUUCCUCAAGAAGACCUACAACACCAUUCGCAAUAAGUUCGUGCAGAAUAGUGAGGAAGACGAUGGCGAGAAGCUGAUUUGCUGCAGUCAAUGGACAGAGGAUUAUAAGCUUUUGGCGUGGAGCAGUCGUGGACUGUUUGACGACUACCUCGAAAUGAUCAUUCAGUAUGGUUUCAUCACAAUCUUCGUGGUGGCAUUUCCGUUGGCGCCACUUUUUGCUCUCAUCAACAACAUCUUCGAAAUGAGACUGGAUGCCAAGAAGUUCCUGAAGUACUACAGACGACCAGUGCCUAAGAGAGUGAAAGACAUUGGCGUGUGGUACAAUAUCAUGAAUAUCCUCGUGAGGAUAGCUGUUGUUUCUAGCGCCUUUAUCAUUGCCUUCUCGUCUAACUUCAUCCCACGUCUGGUGUAUAUGUUGUCUGUGAACCCGGACAAGACGGAUGUGGGCUACUUGAAUCACACACUGGCGUAUUUCAACACCAGCGACUUCCAGGACGGCAUUGCACCAGUGCAGACUAACUUUGUGAAUGUCUCCAUGUGUCGAUAUCAGGAGUACAGGAAUCCUCCGUGGGCUGAUCGACCCUACAAGCGUCCGCUCAUCUAUUGGCACAUCCUGGCUGCCAGGCUCGCCUUCCUCGUGGUCUUCCAGAACGUGGUGGGCUUCGUGCAAAUGCUGGUGGCGUGGGCAGUGCCUGAUGAGCCUCGACAUCUGCGCGAUCGCAUCAAGCGCGAAGAAUACUUGACGCGGGAGAUUAUCAUUGAGCAGGAGCGCCUAAAGUCCGCCGGCGCGAAGACUCCUGCGGCGAUUGUGCCGAAUGGUGGGGUGAAGGGUGAGGAAGGUGGGGAUGUUAGGCAUCGACCGAGGCGAAAUAGCACGGAAUCUACGUGAGUUUCUGAGUUCCUUCUUUGUGUGACCUUUCUUUUUUCUACUUAAUAACUCAAUAUUGGGGAAAGCAAUUGGACUUUGCGGCAAACUCUACUGCAGAGUGCGUCAGAUUUGCCCGGAAAAAGUGAAACAAAAUUUUUAGUUAGCACAAUAAGUGAUGAAUUACCCAGUGAUGAGCAUUGUAAGGAUGAUUUUACCUCUAUUUGUCAUGGUUUUAGGUUGUUUGGGUAAUUUUGGCGCACACUGUAGAAGAUAUAGUUUUAUGUAAUGCUUGACUUCUCUAUGGGCGCAAAUUGAUGGGCUUAAAAUGUGCCUUUGGACAGGAAGAAGAAAGUUGUGAGUGAGAUAAAAUGGGGUCAAAUUGGGGUAUAUUUAUAUAGAUAAUUUGAAAUUUAUACCAAACGUUUUGAGAGAUGUUUUGCAAGGGACAUGAUAAUAAGAUUAUGUGGUGCUGAUUUCUGAAAAUCUAAUGAUCAGAGAGAGAAAGAGAAAAUUUUUGCUCUUGCCAAUUAAGCCGCCUCAGCUUACAAAUACGGAGAAAUUGUCUAAUGUUGAAUUGAAAGUCUCGAGAGUCUCUGAUCCAGUGCAUUUAACUUAUAUUCUUUUGUACUUGAAGUUUUGUGGCAGUAAUUUUCACGUUAGGAUUGACUGUUGUCUUUGAUUUUGAUACCAGAGCGAAAUGAAGAAGUAAAAACCUCACAACGAAAGCUGUUAACUUUUCACACGACAAUCUUUUCCACACAAUAUAUUUUUUGUCGUUUUUCUACAACACCUCUUUUAUUUACACAUAAUAUACGUAUAUAUGAACUAUUUAUUAUAUAAUGGAUAUUGAUAUAUUGACAGUUAUUGUGACUCUUUUCGAUAUUAUAAACACUCUGAGGAGAAAGUAUAACAAUAAAUAUAUAAGUGGACUUGAA